UUCUUUAGUCUGUGAUCAGUUUUUCUCUACCAUUGUUAUGGCUAUAUUAAAAAGAAUUAAAGAUAUACCUAUGUAUAGGCAAUUCCAAAAUGGAGAAACGACGAAUUUGCUUUCUAAUGGUAGCCAAUUUAAAAACAGAGCCACAUGGCUGGCUCACAGGUAUUGGUUUGCGAUCAUAUUAACCAUUUUCGGACUAAUAUUUAUUAGCAUAAUGUUCUAUGCCGUUGAUUUGAUAAUGGAUGAAUUUAGUUACACUAGUCCCUAUGAAAAGGUAGAAUCAUCUGAUCUCAACAAUUUUACUUUGCCAAACAACGAUUUUUUCGACGAAUGCGCACUGGCGGUUUCUUGCAAUCCUAACGACACAUACAGAAGUAGCAACGGCACCUGCAACAAUUUGAUAAAUCCGAAUUUGGGAUCGUCGAAAACUCCAUUUUUGAGAUUCGACGACGUGUACUACAGCGACGGUGCAUCCAAGUUAAGACUGUCGACGAACGGUAAACCUUUGCCCAGCGCUCGUGAACUUCAAGUACGUUUGUUUAUGAACAGGCAGUCAAACAUACGCAGUAAAUACAAUCAAUUGUUAAUGCAAUGGGGACAAUUUGUGGCUAACGACGUCUCCGGUUUAGCUAUCGAUAUUAAUAUGGAAGAUUGUUGUGGACUAAAAAACGAUUCGUGGAUACCCAGAGCUUGCGAAGCUGUGAUUGAAAUACCGGCUGACGAUCCGGUGUUUUCUAUAAACAAACAAACCUGUAUGACUUUUACCCGAGCCUUGACUUCGGCCAAUUAUAGCUGCUCGAUGAAAUCGUCGUCUUUUAUAAACGAAGCAACACACUAUCUGGAUGGUUCUAAUGUAUACGGCUCUGAUCAUAAAACUGCAUCAAACUUAAGGUCCUUCAACGGCGGUACGUUGAGGAUUAACAUUGGGAAAAACGGUCAAGCGUUCUGUCCACAUACGACAAGUAAAUCAUCCGGUCAAAACAAUUUUCAGUACGUUUCUGGCGAUGCGCGAGUGAACUUAAAUUUGGGACUCGCACUUUUCCAUAACAUGUUUCUGAGAUUUCAUAACUACGUCGCGUUCCAGUUCAGAGGUCUGAAUUCAAAUUGGACGGAUGAAAAGCUAUAUCAAGAAACCCGAAGAUUCGUCAUCGCUACCAUACAGCACAUCACCUAUACACAAUUUUUACCAACCAUUCUAGGUAAUAAAUACACGAACGAGAAAAUUAUGUCCAACGAUGAAGCGUACGAUUCUCGCGUGAAUCCAUCGACCACACAAGAGUUUUCAUCCGGAGCAUUUCGGGUACUGCACAAUAUCGUGCCGGCUAGACACAAUUUCAUAAAUUUAAACCACACAACCGUACAAUCAGUAGACAUUACCGACUGGAUGGAACGACCUGUCCCGACAAUAGAAAGCAAUUCGAAUUUCGAUAACUUGUUGAGGGGAAUGCUGGAAACCGAGACCCGCAUCAGUCAACCGUCGUACAAUUUACCAUUGUCAAAUCUCAUGUUCCACCGAAACGGACCCCUCGGCGUUGAUCUUUUGUCCUAUGACAUUCAAAGGGGUCGAGACACGGGUCUGCCACCGUACAACAAGAUCAGAGCGAAAUGCGGACUGUCCCCGGCUAAGUCUUUCGACGAUUUGGCUGACGUUAUGUCGCUGGACGAUGUUCGGGAUUUGAAAAACGUUUACUCGUCAGUUGACGACGUAGACUUCCUCGUGGGAGCCCUGUUGGAGACACCGGACACCGACGCUGUUGUUGGGAAUACUACAAGAUGUAUUAUUGGCGAUUUCUUUCACAGAAUACGAGUCGGCGAUCGUUUUUUCUACGACAACCUCGACCAGUCUGGAAGUUUCACCGACAGUCAACUCGAAGUACUCAAGUCAAUUGAUCUUGGUCACGUUAUUUGCGCCACGUCCGCUGUGGAUCAUUUACAAUGGAAUAUUUUUACCUAUGUCGACAACGGGUGGUUUUCUCCGAUGAAAUGGACCUGUAACGAAAGGUACACUAUAGACUUUCAUCCUUGGAUCGAAGAUCACGAGUUCAACGAGUAAAAACACUAUAAUUACUAUCGAUUUCAUAAUAAAUUAUUACUGUGUAUAAAAUAUAAAUAUAAACCGUUUUGUUCGUGAUAUUAACCAAUUGUUUUAUGUACAACUAUUUAAUAAUAAUAAUGAACUCAAAUGUA